AUUUGAAGGUUGGCUUGUCGCGUGGUAAAUUUCUGUCUUUCAUUCACGAACAUCAUUACUGCCGUGGAUUUCCAAGCCAAAUACUGGAUUACUUUGCAAAAAGCAACAACAACAUUUACAACCCACAUUCUCCGACAACGCAUCCACGUUAGAAGAAAAAAAGGAACCCAACCAUCGCAACAAAAUGCUUUUUUCUGUAUUCUCCAUCGCGGCACUCGCCAUCCCAGUCAUCGCGCAAUCAACUACGGCAGACCCCGCUGCAACUAUCACCUCGAACGGCAUUUCUGGUCCUCCAUGGGCAACUUCAAACCCGGAAUGGUCUUCAAUCUACAACUCGCUUGUGUCUGAUGGCAAAAUCCCUUCUACAUUAACCGCAGCACCCUGGCCGACCACUGGCUACGGACCGGGUCGUGGACCAUGGGGCGGAAACUGGGGACCACAGGCCUCCGGCGGGCAAUGGGGAGGACCCAGCGGUUACGGCCCCUGGGGAAGCGGCAGUGUGCCCUGGAGUGAAUGGUCUACAAACAGCGCUUGGCGCUCUGCGCCGUGGACCGCAUGGUGGAAUGAUGCCAGUGUGUGUCCGCCAAGCGAAUGGCCGGGCUGGACGGCGGGAUCCUGGAGUACGGAUGCACCGUGGACUACGUGGUCGGGCUGCACGGCUAGCACAACAGCGACGAGUGUUGUUACGACUACCAUGUCGGGCAGUGUCGUCGUAACGACUGCGUAUGGGCUGCAGGUUGCUGCUGCAAGUGCCGUGACAACAGGCGGAAGUACGGGUGGUGUGCCGAUGAAGACUGCGGGUUUGGGUGUGGCAAUUGGUGCAGCAGUCUUGGGUGUAGUGGGGGGUUUGUAAGAUGCAGACUCUCGGUUAGCUGCAAAUUGAGGUGAUGGGUCUUCUUGCUAUCACAUGUA